AUGUAUCAGGAACACCUGAAUCGUGCCAGUUUCUCGAAACGCGCCUCCCCCUCCAAGGACCGGCUACCAAAUCUACAUCGGCCUGGUCCGUUUUGCCACACCUGCCAACUCAACCAACAAGUCAUCGUGAAUCUUCUCUCCACCUAUCUACCACCACCAGAGCAUCCCGAAUAUAAGCAACGUGUUAAGAACCUGCCUCAGUACAAGGAAUCAUUAUACACUCGAUAUCCUCCACUAUGCGAAGCAUGCAGGCCCGCCGUAGAAGAGGAAAUACAGCACAAGGACCAAAUGGCACGAAGGAAGGCCCUUGGUGGAUGGCUCAAGGGAGGAAAAGAGCGGCAGCGUCGAGUAUCCGGAACUCCUGGUCUUAAGGAAAAGAUCAUCGUCGAGAGCAUCCAUUGGCGGAUACGAGGCGUCCUCUGGCUCUCCUUCUCGUUCGUUUCGAUUGCCUCCCUCAUUCUUGAACUUAUGCACUAUCCUACUCUCUCUCGAUUGCCAUCACUCCCCGCCUAUGUACUACCGAUUCUAAUAUUCGUUUCGCUGCUCUGGACUGCAUGGGACCCAACGUACCUGCAAGUACAAAAGGCUCAGCUGCAAGGGCGGGACGUCAGAGUUCAUGGAAAGCGAAACUACAUCAUAUGCCAAAUGACCGCUUGGUUCUCCCGCCUUGUCUUUUCAAUUACCAUCGCACUGCAACAUAGGCAAAUCCAGAUCAUGCCCGGCGUUCUACAACAAUACCGUUUCCACCUUGCACUGGGAUUAACAAUUGAGAUUAUCGCUCUUUUGGGUCGCUUCCUCUUCCUCCAAAUUCAGCACCCUCCACCCAUCCGACUGAUUGACACCCACUCCCACCUCAACACGCUCUCGCGAUCCGCCACACCCGCCACAUCCGCCUCGCAAUCCUCCACUCCAAUAACAACUUCGUUCCCUAAACUUACGGAACAUGACCUUCUCGCUUCCCUCACUCUGUCCUCCAAGCCGGUGAUGACUCCACCAAACCCAGUUUUCGGUCUUCCGUCAUUAGGUUCUUCGGCCUCGAUGCCUCUCAUCACGAAGGACGAUGACGCUAUGGACUGGUCACCCAUUGACGAUGAGCCAGGUGUCAAGCGGAAAGCAAAGGAGGCUGAGGAUAGCUCUUCCUGGCUUCGGCCCCAGCGGUUCUUCGCACCCGAAAAACCUACGGGAUUGGAGAACCUGUUUGCACGAACGCGACUCGAUGACGAUGACAUGAUGGUAGACCAGCCGCCACCACCCUCCCGCCUCUCCUUUUCAGCAAUGCUCAAGCGCGGCAAACAAUGGUGGAUACCUAUCCUCAUCACGGUCCUUUCCAUGCUCUUCGCCUACCUUGGCUUUUUGCUCAUUCGUCGGAGAGCGGUCGUUCGAGCCUACUACGAUGCACAGACUCAUGCUGAACUGUAA